AUGUCUUCUGGACUCACACGCAGAAGAGGCGGCGCAGGGGCUGGCGAUACAGAAAAUGGGGAAUCGAGUCGUGUUGCAUCACCGGUGCCCAAAGCUGGCAAUUCACGCGAUACCAGCGGUCCAGAAACGUCAUAUGAGAGCGGCGAGAAUGGACACAAGAUUGCCUUUGAUCCAAGAGAUAUUAGUGAGAGCGCUGAGCGAAGCAAACAACCUAAAUUGACGCUGAUGGAGGAGGUUCUGCUGCUGGGAUUGAAGGAUAAGCAAGGAUAUCUUUCGUUCUGGAAUGAUAAUAUUUCAUAUGCGCUUCGUGGAUGUAUUGUCAUUGAGCUGGCGUUCAGAGGGCGCGUGAGCAUGCAGAAGGAUUCUUCGAGGCGGCGAUUUCCCCUAGCGGACAGAUUAAUUGAGGUCAUCGAUGAUACUUUGACAGGAGAGGUGCUUUUAGAUGAAGCGCUGAAAAUGAUGAAAGCGAGUGAGAAGAUGAGUGUUAGUUCAUGGAUCGACUUGAUGAGUGGCGAGACAUGGAAUCUUAUGAAGAUUGGAUACCAAUUGAAACAAGUCCGAGAACGAUUGGCUAAAGGAUUGGUCGAUAAAGGAAUAUUAAGGACGGAGAAGAAAAACUUCCUUUUGUUCGAUAUGGCAACACAUCCUGUGGCAGACGGUGGAGCAAAGGAAGAGAUUAGAAGAAGAGUUCGAAACGUCCUUACACAACGAACGGUUGUCCUCCCCGGCAGUCAGUUUCUCCCUGAAAAUCUCGAAUUUAGAUAUGUCAGAACAAUUGCCAUGGUGUGUGCUGCAUAUGCAGCCAACGUAUUAGAGAAUGCCCUCGCAUCACUCGGCCACGAAUCUAGAGAACGAGCAUUCGCUCAAGUCGAUGAGUUAUUGGCAGAGUAUAGUCAAUGGCCAUUUGGAAAGAGAGCGGGAGGCUCAGCAGGCAUCGGUGCAAAUUUGGGACAGGUUAUUACGGAUGAGGUGAACAAUGGAAAUGAUAAAGAGCUACAACUCGAAGUCGUAGCCGCAUGUCUAAGUGUCUUCACUCGUUUGGACUCUUUACUAUAA